CCCUCUCUCUCUCUCAUUUUCUCUAAUCUCACUCUUUUUAAUUCAAUUAUCAACUUCCUGGAUUGUAAUUUACACUUCCAGUUCGAGAGCAUCAUUUCCUCUGCUUUUUCGCUCUUUGAAUCUCUGUCUUUUCCCACUUUUAAUUGUGCUUAAAUUAAUACAUUCGCAUUUAUCCACUGGAUAUCGGCUUGGAAUUUGAUCAUUUUUCUCCUUAAAUUUGCCCAAACCGAGGUUGAUCUUUCUGGGAUUUUGCUGUUCCUUGACUAUGAGCUGGCAUGAUAGUUCUUGUUCUUGAUCUUGAUAUGGCUGUUUUUUGGUGGGGGUGAUGACUGUGAGAGAACCAGGAUUUUGUAUAUGGAUUUGAGUCAUUUGACGAGGGAAUGUUCGGUUCUUGAAUCGGUGGAAGACAAUGAAGUAGCCCAACAUAGAAUUCCACAUGAUGAUGGCCGCGAGAUAAAGAAUAAUGGAUCGUAUCCUAAUGAUAUUGGUAAGUUGGUUUCCACUGAAAACUCUAGUGCCAAUACAUCGAUGGGGGAGGAUGCAAAAGAAGAGGAUGUUGAAAGUGCAGAAGGGGGAACUUCACCUCCGCCGAAUGCCACAUCUCCUGGUGGGAAUUCACCUGGGGGUAGAAGGGGAUAUGGCUUGAAGAAAUGGAGGAGAAUUAAGAGAGAAUCUGUUAGCUACGCAAGUGCACGUCUACAUACUGGUAAAAUUUUGAAGCGGGGUUUAUCUGGUUCUGGGAAUCCAACUAAAGCUCAGCAUUUGCCCCUUGAGAUCAAGCAAAAUAGUGAGGGUUCGGUACGAUCUGCAAAUUUAUUGACAACUAUAGGAUUUGUUGAUGGUUUUGUAAAGCAGUCUAGUUUGGAUUCUAGGCUUGCAGUGUCUGCUUUUGCCGUGGGUACAGAUUCUGAGAACAGUGAAGAUCGGACUAGCAAGUCUUUAACAGCAAUCAGUGCUCCAAAGGGAAGGUAUGAUCUGGGUUGUGUGCACGAGAAGAACAGGACAAAGAAUGUUGGUGGGAAGAUUUUGGGUAAUUCAGCUCAAAAGGUUCAUCAGGGAAAGGGAUGGACUGAAGGCAGUAAGAAGCCUAGAGGAGAAAGGGUCAAACUCGAGAAGGAAGACUCUCUUUCCAGCAUGGAAUCUGACUCAAGAAGCUCCAAUUUUGUCUUCAUGCAGGGUGCUUUUAAUGCAACUAGUAAUGGAAAGCAAAUUGGAAGGUCAGUGGAUCAUGACGGUGAGAAUAGUGAUGAGGCUCACACAAGUGAGGAGCAGUUCAGCGAGGACGUUCAUACUGAUUACAACAAAGAGAAUGUGGGAGAAGUCAAAGAUCUUUCACUAGAUGAUUUAGCUGAAAACUUGUCUUGGGAAGUUAAGGAAGAAAAAAGUGAGAACCAUCAACCCUCAACAGAUCGGGAUCCUUUGGUUGAUUCUCUCUUUAGCCUCCAGUCUGUGCAAGAAGCACUGGAAAAAGAAGUUAAUAAGCUAAAGGAUAUUGGAAAGGAACCCACAUCAUCGCAUGACAGUUCAACUACUGGUCGAUGUAUGCCAGCAGAUUUCACUACUACUGAUUCAGAGACCUACAGGCCAAGCUCAUCUGACCAGCUGGGAUCUGUAAAGAUUAGACAAACUGCUUUGACUUCCUUGGAAUCCCAAGCAUUAAGCUUGAUGAAGGAUUUGAGAUUUUUAGAGAGCAAAUUGGAGGAGAUGGGGGCCAUGCUUGAGGCAAAGGACUCGAGGAUUGUUGAACUUGAGGCCACAAUAAGCAGGAGCAAGUCACCAAAGGAAGAAUCAAGCACCUCCAUAGGGAUAGAGGAUGAAAAAUGUAGAGAGACAGAGCUUGAGAGUCUCUUCAAGCAAAAGAUUGAAGCUGAGGUUGAGCACCUGGCAAUAACAAGGACAGUACAGAAAAUGAAGGAGGCUGCAGGUGAACAAUUCUCAGAGGAACAAGAUUUUCUGGCUGGGAAGCAAUCGCAGGUUCAGAACAAACUUGGAGAGGCACAAAGCAAGGCCAUGAUGGUUGAGAAACGACCAGAGUUGGAGACGUACAGUGAAGAUAGAGUAGGGGCUAAAGAGGUUUUGAAGUUGCAGAGGGCGUGUAAACUGACAUCGUGUUUUUUAAUACAGUUGAUAUUUUUUGUUACGGUGUUUUGGUAUGUUGUCUUGCAGUCAUCGCCUCCACCUGGGGGGUUGGUGGUGGUGGUGCCGACCUAAGCAUGAGAGCAGCGGAUUUGUUUUUUUUUUUUUUUUGGUGCAUGAAAUAUUUGAAUGUUAAGUUUCAUUGUUAUUAUGUGGAACGUGUUUUUUCGUCUUCCUUGUUAA